GUCGGUACUCGUUCAUGUUGCGUAUUGGUUUUGUGAUUCCUUAAGGUAAUUCAACCUGUAGAAGCGCAUCUCCAGUACCAGUUAGCGUAGACGACGCCACUAAAGCUCAAUGGGAAGAUGAACACGCUUUUUCGGUACUUCUAACGAGUAAAAAUGAUGAUAUGAAACUGAAAGAAAUGGAAUUCCUGUGAGUAGAGCAUCUCUGGGCGUGCGUAGCUUUAAUAAAAGCGAGUGGUACAACGGCAGUUGGCCAUGGAACAAGGGCAGCUGCAGCAGGAUCGGCUUCGAGUGUCCUCAGUUCCGCAGUAGCGAGUGCAGCAGUGGAUACGGAUACUGCCAAGAUGUGGGAUCAGCUGGUGGCAAAGGCGUUGUACUUGCUACAAGUGGUCGCAACAACAUUAGUGCUCCACGAACACGAAAAUCCCAUCGUCUUUGCCCUAUACCGCAAGCUGCGUUCCGACACGACGAUCAAGUUUCCACGACGCGACCCCAGCGACGCGGUCGGCGUGCCUGACGGCGUCGAAGAAGUCCUGAACCCAAGGGUGGACACGACCUCAAGUCUUUCAUCGGCGAGCAGUGCUCACGGACAGCAGCCCAGUAGCGACGCGGCAGCAACAAGUAACGAGUUGACUCUAACUGAUGGUCGCAUAACGACUGCAGGAGCCGCAGCUUCCUACUCGGAAACGGUUGCUGUCACAAAUGCGAAUUCGAGGGUAUUGACAACCUCGGAGAAGGAAGAUGCAGAUUUUUGGCGAUUGAGCAAUUUGAGAAAAAGAAUAUUGCAAAUGAAUGGCACGGGCUCUCAAGCAGGCCGCUCAGGCAAUACAAAUACUCUUAUGACGGCUCGUCGUGAGGAACAACAGUUGCUGAGCCAUGUUGAAAUUGAGGAGGUCGAGUUUUUUCUUGGUGUUUUGCGUCGCCAGAUAGACCAAGCGCGCGUAGAACGAACGCGACGAGCAGAGGAACAGCGGCUGCAGCAGAGUGUACCUCUUCAUAAUGAAAAUGGACGUGUGACAAAUCAUUCGGGUUCUAGUCCAUCUGAAAACGCCGCAUCUACUCCCACCUCAUCCUCCUUGUUGAUCACGUUUCCUGCCUCGUCCUCCAAUCUGCUACCGUUUGACACUUCUACCACGACCAGUGUGGGUGGAGGAACAACAAAGGAUCUUCUAGACUUCUCUGAGGACGGGGGAUCGCCAAAACCAAGUGCACCACCAGAAGAGGACGACUUAUUCGGCGACUUUCACAAUGCAGUCGAUAGUACUAGCACGUUUGGUCAUACACAAUCACAACAAGAACAAGUUCUACAUGGCUCCUCUGCUCUUGAUGCUGGUGGCGGACAAAAUCCUGGUUCCUUUCGCAGUAGUUAUACUCAAUCCGAUACUUCUACUACAACUUCUAGAAGCAACUACAGUGGCAACUACGCUAAAGCAGAAGUAGAGGAGGAUCUGCAGAUACCUGACACCGAUGUGGCGCAUGGACUGCGGCGAGUGCGGCCCUGGCUAUGCUUUUCGAUACAGGCGCAAGAGGAGGAGCACGCGUUGCUGCGACUCAUGAACCAACUGAGCAGACUGGAUUCCGCCUUAGACAACCACUUCAUUCCGCGGCCACCUCCACCGGAAUGCCCUAAGUGUGGACGGUCCGAUACCAUGGAUCCCCAGGGCCUCGUCUGCUCACGAUGCGGUCGUCUUCAAGACAUAAUCAUUCCCGACAAUGCGGCAGGAAGAGGCUCCACCUCCUAUCCUUUUUCAGCAAGUAGUUCUGGGAAUCACUUGAGAGCACAAAAGCAACUCGUUCUGAUAUCGGAUACGAGAGACAUCGCGCGAGAGGCUAUCGGCAGUGCACAACGAGCUCAAGAUCAUAUAGCAUCUUACACAUUAUCAUCUUCAUCAUCCUGGAACAAGAGUACAGCCUCAGGAAACAAUUAUAGGCAAAAUCAUGUCCUCGAAACUACAAGUAAGAACAAACAGGAUUGGCGAUUCGUCUCCUCGCCCCCGCCUCGUGGCGGGGCAUCAGGAGGAGCAUCGUCCAAUGUGUCUGGAUACUGGUUUAACAGAAGUACGGGACGCGCACAGUGGCAAGCUCCUGGAUGGGUAAAUCGCAUGAACAAUUUCAAGCCGCUGGCAGAAACUUUGGCGCACAUCUCUGACGAAGAAGAAGACGAAGAAAUCAUAGCAGGUAGUGCUGGAAACGGCAUGUUGAGUUACGAUACGACUUCGAACGGCGCCGCUGAAGGGCCUGUGCGACACCAUUUUGGGCCGGACCAAAGAAAUAGGGAGGAGCAGAGGGACCUGAUAAGUGACAGGAGAGCUUUAGAUGCCGAUGAAGACGAAUAACAUCAACCUCCAUUUUUUAAUGAUAUACUAGCCUCCUCUCUAUGUAUCAACCUAUCUUCACAACUACCAAUCUUCUACUUGAGCCAUGAGCGAAAGCGCAGGACCGCAUCUAUGCCAUGAGCGAAAGUACAGGCACACAACAAGCACAAACGUUUAUGCGCGUUAUGGUGCCCGUGCCCUUCUACUAAAUUUGUCAUUUUGGGUUCUCAUCAAUGUGGUUCGUUUUCCGGAGAAGAUGAUAAAACACACUUCGGACGAUGAGAGUUUUUAUUCUGCCUGUCCUUGCGCGCUUCCAGCAAGGAGAGGUGUCUGUCGUGGUUUCAAAGUAGUAGAUCUAACGACGAAUCGAAAGGUGCCAUCUGUGCAAUUGCAUGUCAUUCAUCAACAUUUUCAUACAAAGAGAAUAAUGGCACUCAAU